CUAUCCCGCUGCAUGACGUGAGCUGUUCGUUGUCGCUCCGAGUACGAGCCCAUCCAACGAUCUUCUCGCCGUUGUUCCAUAUUCUGGAGCUCUCAGGAAAAAUCGGGCACAAACCGCCCCACGCAGACAAGUCGCCUCCUCUUCUCCUCAUCCUCCUCCGGCAACCGUCGAAUGGAUCGAUAAUCCCGCUUGCUCUCGGCCAGCUACACUCCCGAACGCUGCUUGUGGUGUGAUGGUCUGAGUCUCGUCCGAGCACCUCCGGAUUCGACUCCACCCGCCACCUGGUCCAGCUCCCGCCCAGAUCGAUGCAGAUUCAACAAGGUCAAGGAUAACCUACCUAGCCCUGGUCGAGCCAGCCGGACCGUUCGCCUGUCUGAUUGUUUCAUCGGCUCAUACAAUCCUGAACCAUGUCGCUGGUCGCCGACCAAGUGCGGCGACUGGAUGCCUACCUCGACCGGCUCCCAGUCCUGUCCGAAGAGGGCUCGGAAGAUGGCGCUUCAGAAGCUGGACACGCCUUUGCCGCCGCCGAGGCGUUUGAUGUCCCGCGCCUAGACCAUCUGAUGAGCAUCAUUCGCUCGCUGAGCACCACCUCGUCCUCGCAACCCCUCCUCUCGAUCGAGCGUGUCAAGCUUCUCCUCGACGAAUCAGGCAUUCCUGCGAUAGCGGACCGGGUCGAUGGCGCAUCCAGCGGUGCCUAUGCGCAGCCCAAGACGCCGUACGAGAACGAAAUCGAGUGGCUCUUGGUCUCUAAAGCGACGGUCCAAGUCUAUGGAGCCAUCCUCAACACGCUGGUCGACAGCAUCAUUCCCCUGAGCGAUGACAUGUGGUACUGGGACGGAGUCUUGAGCUCUUACACAUACAGCAGCAUAUACGCGGUGCAGACAUCCCCCCUGCGGUUGUGGGCGUGGUCGUACGACAUAUACCAAGCCAGCCGGUCACGACUACGCCUCAUGUCCGCGGCAGAUGCUUCCGCCCAGCUUGUCGAGUCCACACGAUCCACCAUAUCGCAGCCAUGGAGCAGGUUCUAUGGCGUUGUCCGCGAGAGCAUCCGAGAGCACUCGUUUGCCAACUUGCAGCGAAAGGUGCUCUCGCCUGUUGCUCUGUGCCGAGCUGAGGCCAGGCAUAAACAGGCACAGCUACGAAAGCUGAGAGAAAUGACGGCCAGCGGCCUCGGAGUGCUGAUGGACGAAGGCCUCCAGCUGGGGCAUGAUGACGAGCGUGCUGGAGCACAGGAUCACGAAGACCUCAAAGGUGUUGUCGAGCGUAGCGUAGCUUUGAUGGACAUGGUUCUGAAGGAGGCAUGCAGCUUGGAAGCCAACAUUCACGACUUUGAGGAAAAGGUGUUUGCGGGCGUCGAAGAAGACGCCGAGCUGUCUGUGCACGUCGAGGGGGACAUGACCUCGUAUCGCCCAAGCACGCUGGCUCGCCGCCUGAUUCAAAUCAUUGACAAGACGCUUCCUCAGCAUGUCAACGCUAUGCAGUCUCUUGCGAGCCACAACGGCCGGCCGCCGGUUCUGCUUCGAUACUGGCUGCCGGCUCUCAUCGGCAUCACCUCCUCGACCACCAUCCUCAAGAUCUUGGUCAACCGCAAGGCAGACAUUAUUGAAUGGAUCACGGACUUUGGGAGCACGCUGCGAGACUUUUGGCUGAACUGGGUUGUUGAGCCCACGACAAAGGUCAUCAAGACGAUACGCCACGACGAGUCGAGCGAAAUCGCCAUCAUGAGCAGGGACAGUCUCAAGGCCGACCGGGAGAGCUUGGAACGAAUGGUUGUGGACUUUGCCUCGGACAAGCCCCAUUUCGCCGUUGGCAAUUCAUCCAUCACCGAUGCCCAACUCGCCGAGAUCCGCUCCAAGGUGGCUGAAGGCGAUGUGACGCCUGUGCUGCGAGCGUAUGAACAAGAGCUCAGGAGUCCCUUUGUCGGUGCGAUCCGCGGCGAUCUUGUCCGGUCUCUGCUGAUCCAGGUUCAGAAGACAAAGGUCGACCUCGAGGUGGCCAUGACGGGCAUUGACUCGCUCCUCAAGAGCCAAGAGCUUGUGUUUGGCUUUGUCGGCCUGACUCCUGGCAUCUUUGUGUCGGUCGGCGUGUUCCAGUACCUUCGUAGCAUCUUUGGCGGCCGAUCUGGACGGCGCCAUAGCAAAGUUUCUGGCAAGGCCAUCCGCAUCCUGCGCAACAUUGACCGCAUCCUGUCUGAGGCGAGGCCGACAGAGAAUAACGUCCUGUCGUACAAGGACCACGGCCUUUUGCUGUGCGAAGUCCACGUGCUUCGUAACCUGGCCAGCAAGCUGAUGCCGGACAACAUUCAAAAGGAGUUUUUGGAGGACCUGGAGGACCUGGCGAAUGUCAAGGGGGUGCAUAUCCAAGCAAAGGCCUUGGAGAGGAUCCGAUGGGCGUACGCUAGAUGGCUUAGGUAGAGGGUGGAUGUUUCUCGCGAAGCCUUGUUUGAGUAUGACGGCAACAUAGACAGCCAAGCGAGCCUUGUACGAUGUUGAGAGCAUUUGUGUCUUGAGAUACUUGAUCACCAACGAAGUCUUGACUUU